AUGCCCCACGCACUUAUCAGCUGGCGUCUCGAUCAGCGCAACGGCCUGGUGAUUUCGAAUCUGGCAAAGGCUUCCCCUGGCUAUACUGGCCCUUCGAAUGUGCGAGGUCAUCCGCAGAGCUCCCCUACUCGCAAUGAACACCAAGGUGCUUAUUGUGGCUCAUCCAGGAAAACUCCGAUCUUGCGUUUGCUCCAGGGACUUAUAGUGUUGAUGACUUUGGCAUCAUGGGGCCAUCGCGCUGCGGCGGGGGACUCACUCGCGAUGUCCGGCCAAGUUGCUAUGUUAGUCCGUGAAAUUGGUAUCGCUACGCCUGACGAACGCCAUGAGACAUCUUCUUGGGAAGAAUGGGUGAAGCAAGAGGAGCGCCGUCGAACGCUAUGGGUGGCAUAUGCUCAGUUCAACUUGCAAUGUAUAGCCUAUAAUGUCCUGCUGAUGAUAUUGAACCAGGAAGUACUUUUGACCUUGCCAGCUUGCGGCGAAGAAUGGAACGCACCUAACCCCCAAAAGUGGAGGCAGAUGCGAAGUCUUCAUACGCCCGAUUCCAGAAAUUUCCAGCAAGCGUUGGGACAACUUCUCCAGGGCCAUCAAAUCCACGAACCAGAGGCAGUUUCUGCCUUCGCGAAUUAUGUACUCAUCCACGGCUUAUUCCAAGAGAUAUUCUUCGCUCGCAGCACAACUUCUCUGGUAGAACAAUCUACCGGGUCUCUUCCAAUGAGCUUUAUGCAGGCAAUGGAAUCGGCAUUGCGAGCGUGGCAGAAUUCCUGA